AUGGAAUCAUUUUGCGGUUCUUCACUAAGAGUGGUGUUAGUUCUCACAAGUAUAUUAUUGAUACUGCAAACGCCAAGAAUACUUGCUUCUGGAUCAUUGAGAAAUAGCAAGGCUUGCGGUACUUACCACAUCAGCUAUUUGGGUGAUCCUAAUCAGGAAUUGUAUUACUUAAAUGGAAAAUUGGUAGAAAAAUAUAAUUUCUGUAAGGCUUUAGAGACGUAUCGUGCAAAACAUUGUUUCCUUACCAGAAAUCUCAGAAACCAGAAUUGCAGGUUGGGUUUUCUGAUAGACAAGGUGCCUUCGGAGCCUGGAAGAAAACUUUUGAGAAACACAGUUCGAGAAGGAUCUGCAGAGAAUGAUUUUGAUAAAAAAACAAUAUUAAACUCUAAAGGGCUGUACAUGGCGGUGCCUAUUUUCUUUAUUAUAUGUUGUGCCGUUCUUUGUCCAUGCUUUCGUGCAAGGAAAAAGGAAACUCAAAAUGCUGUUCUUGACAAGGAGACAAAUCCAAUGGAUUCAAUCCUGUCUGUACAAAUGGAUUCCGUUUCUGAAAAGAUACCAGGCAGUCCACUCCGAGUUCCACCUAGUCCUCUAAGAUUUUCCAUGUCACCGAAACUAAAUGAGGUUGGAUCGGUUCAUCUCAGUAUGAACCAAAUUUCCAGAGCAACACAUAAUUUCUCCCCAUCACGGAAAGUAGGUGAAGGUGGGUUCGGAACUGUCUACAGGGCUGAACUACCAGAUGGUCAGGUGGUUGCUGUAAAACGAGCAAGGAAGGAACUCUUUGAAACCCUACGAACUGAAUUUAGGAGCGAAAUUGAACUUCUGGCUAAAAUUGAGCAUCGGAGUUUAGUCAAGCUGCUUGGUUAUAUCAACAAAGGCAAUGAGCACCUGAUUAUAACAGAAUAUGUGCCAAAUGGUACACUUAGAGAGCAUCUAGAUGGUGAGAAGGGAAAAAUAUUAGAUUUCAAUCAGAGACUUGAAAUCUCCAUUGACGUUGCUCAUGGCCUGACCUAUCUCCAUCUAUACACAGAGAGGAUGAGAGCCAAAGUUGCAGAUUUUGGAUUUGCAAAGCUAGGAGAGAUGGACUCUGGCAAAUCACAUGUUUCAACAAAAGUAAAAGGCACAGUUGGUUACCUUGACCCAGAGUACAUGAAGACAAAUCAGCUCACGGCAAAGAGCGACGUGUAUUCUUUUGGAAUAUUGCUAUUAGAAAUUUUAACGGGUCGCCGGCCUGUGGAAUUGAUGAGAACACCUGAUGAGAAAGUGACACUAAGAUGGGCAUUUAGGAAAUACAAUGAUGGGAAGUUGAUGGAGAUGUUAGAUCCUUUAAUGAAGGAAGAUGUAGAGCAUGAAAUCCUGGUGAAAAUGUUUGGUCUGGCGAUUGACUGUGCAGCACCAACACGAGCCAGUCGUCCGGAUAUGAAAUCGGUAGGGGAGCAGCUGUGGGGAAUUAGAAUGGAGCACUUGAGAAGUGGAAGGAGAGAGCAAUAG